GCGUCCGUCCUGCUCCACGUCACCGACGUCACUUCCGCCACGCCAGACCCCCGGAUGAAGCUGCCAUUGGGGCCGUUGGUGAGCAGCAGGGCCACCGGAGGCUGGUUGGGUUUUUUUUUUUAAUUUACCGGUGAAGAAGGAGGCUCGCGGCGGAUUGAAGCCUCCAUCCGCUCGGCUGGAUUAAAUGUCGACAGGCGCGCGCGGAGUGCGAGCCAACGGCCACCACGAGCCGACCAACCGUCCGCGGCGCGCGGAGACAGAGACACCGGCUAACGGCUGCUGCUAACGAGUCUGAGUGUGUGUGUGAGUGUGUGUGUGUGUGCAGCUCACACACUGUCAGGACUGUCAGUGUAACACAACACCUGGUGGAUGAAUGAUGUCUGCCGCUAGUAUCGACCCUCAGACAUCGAAAGGACAAGAUGCAAGCAAAGCCUUUCCAGUUUCAGUGCAGAAUGGCUCCCUCCACCAGAAGGACACCGUCCAUGACAAUGACUUUGAGCCUUAUCUCACCAGCCAGUCUAAUCAGAAUAACAGCUAUCAAUCCAUGACAGACCCUUACCUGUCCAGCUACUAUGCCCCCUCCAUUGGGUUUCCGUACCCUCUCAGUGAGGCUCCUUGGUCGACAGGAGGUGACCCACCCAUCCCCUACCUGACACCCUAUGCCCCCCUCAGCAAUGGAGACCAUCACUUCAUGCACGACACGGUGUUCGGGCAGCCCGGAGGGCUCAGCAGCAGCAUCUAUCCGCACAGGUUUAACUUUUUCCCGGAGAACCCGGCCUUCUCAGCCUGGGGCACGAGCGGUUCUCAGGGCCAGCAGACUCAGAGCUCAGCCUACGGGGGGAGUUACAGCUACCCGCCCAGCUCUUUAGGAGGCACCUUAGUCCCCGACGGCCAGACAGGUUUCCAUAGUGACACGCUGAGCAAGGCUCCAGGUAUGAACAGCCUGGAGCAGGGCAUGCUGGGCCUAAAAAUAGGUGGGGACGUGACGGGAAGUGGCUCGGGUGUGAAAAGUGCAUGCUCCGUGAUCGGCGGCGGUGGCAGUGUUGCAGCGGCUGUUGCCACGGGCAACGGUGGCACACCGAUUGGAAUGCCCCCUCCGAAACCGACGUCGUGGGCUGCGAUCGCGAGUAAACCUGCCAAGCUGCAGCAACAAAAGACCAAGAACAAACUGGGCCCACCCAUGGCUGGAGGAGCUCUGCCUCCACCCCCGAUUAAACACAACAUUGACAUUGAUACUUGGGAUAAUAAAGGGACUGUCGCCAAGAUGGCCCCACCUUUACCCCCACACCAUCACCACCACCACCAUCACCACCAACAGCACCAGCCCCAGCUUCACUCCCACGCUCCCAGUCUCCUGCCCCCGCUCCAACAGUCCCUACAGUCUGCCCAGUCCCUCGUGCAGCAGAUGACCAUGCAGGGUCCUCCACCUCCUCCUCCACAGUCUUACCAGAACCACAACUCCGCUCCAACACCUCAGACCCGCUGGGUGGCGCCGCGCAACCGCAACUUGUGCUACGGCGGUGGAAGCUUGGACAGCAACGGCUCCUCUAACGGUGGCGGUGUUGGUAACGGAGGCGGAGGAGGCGUGGGUGUGCCACCAGAGCCGGGAUCCGAGUCCCACCCUGUGCUGGAGAAGCUGCGAGCGGCCCACAGCUACAACCCCAAGGAGUUCGACUGGAACCUGAAAAACGGCCGGGUGUUCAUCAUCAAGAGCUACUCCGAGGACGACAUCCACCGCUCCAUCAAGUACUCCAUCUGGUGCAGCACGGAGCACGGCAACAAACGUUUGGACUCAGCCUUCAGAGCUAUGAACGCUAAAGGUCCCGUCUACUUGUUGUUCAGCGUCAACGGCAGCGGCCACUUCUGCGGCGUGGCCGAAAUGCGCUCGCCUGUGGACUACGGCACCAGCGCCGGCGUUUGGGCGCAGGACAAGUGGAAGGGCAAGUUUGACGUGAACUGGUUGUUUGUUAAGGACGUGCCAAACAGUCAGCUGCGCCACAUCCGCCUGGAGAACAAUGACAACAAGCCGGUCACCAACUCACGCGACACUCAAGAGGUCCCUCUGGAAAAGGCGAAGCAGGUGCUCAAGAUCAUCGCCCAGUACAAACACACCACCUCCAUCUUUGACGACUUCUCCCACUAUGAGAAGAAGCAGGAGGAGGAGGAGGUGGUGAAAAAGAGCUACGAGCCUGCCUCGAUACAGAGCCGGUCCCGAAUCGAUCAGGAUCGUCAGAAGUAAAACAGAAGACGGCUGCCGACGACAUUUAGAUUUAAAAAGCUGAACACACGGACAUAAAUAAAUUGAAAACUAAUAUUUUUUUCUAUUUAAUUUUGUUGACUUUGGCCCAUGUCAAACUUUUGACCCCCAUUGCUCCCCAGUCUUUAAAGAUGCGUGCAGGGAUGAAGCUAGUUCCACCACAGUUGAAUCGCUUCAAUAAUAUUAUAUUUUCUUGUUUUUUCUGUAUUUUUUAGCCUUAUUAAAAAAAAAAACAAAAAAAACUCUUUAUCGCUAUCCCGGAACUUGCAUUGUUAACUAAAUAUGAGUAAACAAAUAUCUGCACGUCUGUUUUUUUUUUAUUUAGUUUUUUUUUUUUUUUGGAAAAUCUCUUGACAACAUGCUGCUGAUAUUCAGUGACUGUUCACUUUGUGGUUUGUGUGUUGGAGAAAUGUUAAGUGCUUGUAUUGGUUAAUCUUAACGAGUGAACAACACUUUAUUGACAAAUGUCUGCUAUCUGUGUGUGGCCAGUUGUAUUUUAUAUUAUCGGAAGAAGACGAAGAAAAAUAACUUCUAUGACGCCCCGUUUUUCUUUUUGUUUUGUUUUUUUCCAACGUGAGGGCGGUGUGACUUUGGUGGAGGAAUGCGUACACUGAAAGUUUCUGUAUGCAUAGACUUAAUCGUGCAAGGUUGUGACGUUAGAAAGCGUAAAUGUUUGACAGAAUAUUUUGAAUAAUGUGUUACCUGGCUUACAACUGAUUUUAAAUUUAGUUGUUUUGUUUUUUUGUCUCUCCAGAGCGGAGCCUUAACAUUUCUUUUCAGCACUAGAAUAAAUGAAAUUUGUGAUUUUUAUUAAGUUCUUUUUCAGAAUUGUACCUCAAAUUUUCAGCUAGAGAUUCAGGGAAACGACGCCUAGAGAUCAAACGCUCUUAAAAGAAAGUCCCCCUCUUUCUUAUUUAAAAGGAUGGAAAUACAAAUUUACUGUAUGAGUUCAGGUUUUUAAUCGACACAAAAUUUGCUUUUUGUCUUUCUUUCCCUCUGUUUCCCUGCUGUGUUUAUGAAAUACUGAAGGAAAUGUAGCAUGUACUGCUUUUAAAACUCAAGCCAGGCCUGUCACUUUGUUUAUUUUUUAUUUCUUUGUUUCUUGUUCUCUCUUAACAUAAUUAUAAUCUUGGCAUUCUCAUCAUUUUCAUUGCUAUAACCUGUCCACAUCAUCCUCCAGAAAAAUGUAAGCUUUAAUGUACCGGCAUUUCUAACUUGAGAUCGCCUCAAAAAUGUUUAACUGUAGCAUUAUACUUAACUGAUUUAUUGUCAAGUGUAUGGAAACCCAGAGAUUAGCCUAUAUGGUAUAUGUUUGUGACUUCUUCUUUUUGUUUUGUUUUUUAAUUGCUUGCUGUAUUGUGUGUAUGCCAGCGUGAAAGACAAGAGAGGGAGUAUGAUUGUGGAGCAAUCAGAGUUAUAUAACUGGUAUUGGAAUAUAGAAAAUUUAUGCAAAAAGAAGAAAAAAAGUUUUAUCAUCCCUGAAUUAAAUAUCAUUGUAUCAGAGGUCACCAUCACAUUCUUAGAUUUGACCAUGUUCAUUAUUAAAGAUAUACUUAUCUGUA